AUGCUUCAAUCACUCCUCCUCCUUCCUCUCUUCCUCACCUCGGCCUUUGCCACCCCCCAUGAUCCCACCGCCCACCAGGCCCUGGAGAAGCGCGCCACUUUCCCCAUCCCUUCCUCCAAGGGCAGCGUGACCCUCCGUUCUACCCAAUAUGUCAAGGGCACUUUCGAUGGUGGCAUGAAGACCUACGGCCGUGGUGUCGAGUGUACCGGCCAGAAGGAGGGCGGCGAGAAAGACGCCGUCUUCGUCGUUGAGGAAGGUGGUAUCCUCAAGAACGUCAUUAUCGGUGCCGACCAGAUCAAGGGUGUCUACUGCAAGGGCUCCUGCACCAUCCAGAACGUCUGGUGGAAAGACGUCUGCGAGGACGCCCUCUCCCUCAAGGGCAGCGGCAGCGGCACCUACAAGAUCAUCGGCGGCGGCGCCCAGAACGCCGACGACAAGGUCAUCCAGCACAACAGCGGCGGCACGGUCAUGAUCCAGGGCUUCACAGUCUCCAACUUCGGCAAGCUGUACCGCUCGUGCGGUAACUGCAGCAAGCAGUACAAGCGCUCCGUCCAGAUCAGCGGCGUCAAGGCCUACAACGGCAAGACUCUCGUUGGCAUCAACUCCAACUACGGCGAUACUGCUUCCAUCGAUGCCUGUGCCAGCAGCGUCAAGGACAUCUGUGUUGAGUAUGAGGGCACCAACAACAACGGCAAGGAGCCCAAGAAGAAGUCGUCGGGUCCUAGCAAGGCUUGCGAGUACAAUCAGCCUCUGAAGAAGUGUUAG